AUCUGGAGCGUGUGCUGUGCGCUGCAAAGUGUUGGCUUCUGCAAUAAUGUUUUGGUUAAAGCAGCUUUGUUAUUUCCCGGCUGUCUGUUCUAGGAAAGCAUUAACCAAGAUGUCAUUUGGAGACGUCAUCCUGUCUGCAGUGUUCUGUAAUUUGCAGAAAUGACUGCAGUUUAAUUGAGAAAAUGAAAGAGGGAAAAAGCAGCCUGUAACUCUCCGGAGGUUCUCUGUUCUGUAAACCUUUGUGGCUCAAUAAUUUGACCAACGUGAUCCCCUGAAGUGUUGUUGUCAGGGUUGACCGUAGUGUUUUCAGAGAUUUCAAGGAAACUUAGCACUGCAAAACAUGAAAGACCUGUUAAAAUGAUUUAAUCAGAAAUAUUAAGACGAGGAAGAUGCUGCCUUCUUUCUGUCCUCUGCCCCCCCCCUUUCUUUUUUUUCAAGAAAGAAAUGUUGAUUGACAGCAGUCACCACAAAAUGAAAUUGUCUUGUGAGUAAUGAAAAUACUUGGAAGAGAGUUAAGGGUUUAAAAAUGAGAAUGGCUUUGUUUCAUUUCAUGUCAUGGUGUGUAUUCUGUGUUUUUUAAAAAUUGUAAUGUAGUGAACUUCAUGCUCGUAGACAUUUAGUUCAGUCAGUGCCUGCAUGAUGUUUUUGAAAUCAGAAAAGUUUGCUGAUGAAGUAAACGUGCUGGGAGAGGAAAAAGUCAUCUUUGGUCAGGGUGAGAGGGUGAAAGGCAGAGCCCUGCUUCAUUGACAUGCACACAGUAACAUCUUCUGCUCCAUUCAUUGACAAGUAGCAAUUGUUUGUCGAUGUUGCUUUGCAUUUAACUUUCUAAAUAAAUUUAAAUAAGUGCAAAUGUACUUUUUUUUUUUUGAGGUAACAUUAUGUGAUUCCAAUAUUUGGGCACUUGCACAUAAAUACAACUGACUCAAAUUUGUUAAUUAAUAGAUUUUUUUUUUUUUAAUUUUCAUGAAAGUAAAUUUCCUCUUCUUCAUCGUUCCCUUUCCCCAAAGCCUUCCUAUGCCUUCCUUGAUGAAUACACGCAAGGUCCAAAGCCAAGUGCAGUUUUGCAGUUUGGAAUUCAUUUUAUCAUGCUUCUCGUCACACGUGGCUCUGGAGGGACAGGAACCAAGCUGAAGGCCCAGAAGUCUUUACCACCAAGGACCCCCAGCAGGCUUAAGAUUCCCUUAGUAGUUAUAUGUGUGCAUAGUGAAUGUCUUGCAGCUGUAAACGUAUGGUGAAAAGCAAUAUUAUCAUUUUUACUAAGAACAGAACUUAUGGUGUAGCUGUUGGUCCGAAAAUCCUGCGGUCCUAAGAUAUUCUGUUCAGUUAUUCUAUGUUUACAUAGAUCAUGUGAAAACUCACUCACUAAAAUCUUCCUACUUUAAGGGCUGUAAAUGUGUGCCAACUCUUCCAUGAGAACAAACACGUCUGACUUUAGAAAAUUGUUACUAUUUCUUUAAGUAAACAGAACUCUAAAGGUGUUUUUUUUUUUUUCUAAUGUAUUGAUGGCUUCUUGUUGGUUCUCAGACACAAAAUAACAGAUAAGGAAAAGAGAACGUUUCAGGUUAAAUAAUGAAAAAGAAACUCUGGUCGUUGUUGUGUUCAGCUGACACGGGGUUUUUAGGAAUGGAGGUUGUAAUUUGAUGUCCAGUAAAUGAACUGUGAACCUUUCAUGAAGCUCUGCAUCAGUAAACGUCAUAAUUACAGUUGUCAUUAAUUGCACCCUUAGGUCAGCCAGGCUCAAUGUUUGCAUCCGAUUUUGAGCAUAGGAAGAAUUCAGUGAAAGGUUUAUUUUGCUGAAGCGCUGCUGGCGGAUUGGGAACUAAGGUUCGAAGAGAUGCUUCAGAUGGUUCUGGUCUCGAGGUGAAAGCAUUUGCUGAGGAUUUUGAUGGAGCUGGCAGGCCGUGUGUGGGGAGGAAGUUGUGUUGCUACUGCGUGCAUUUCUUUUUUUCCCCUUUCAGCUUUGGUGUUCUUAAAAUCAGCGUCACAUUUCUUUUUCUCUUCAUUUAAAACACAGAACUAGCUAAGCUAGAAUCCAAUCCAUAGAGCAAACUGCACUGGUAUCACAGAUCAAAAGCAAAGUAGGUCUGAGUUUUGUGUGUUUGUGUUGUUUUGUUUUGAAACUCGUACUUCUGUGUGCUUGCAUACUUCUGGACGAAUUGUAACACACAUGAAGUCAUCAAAGCGAGUGGUUUUUGUUUUAAGUUGCAUUAGUUUAGUCUAAAUGUUCUUUGUUACAUUAGAGCUUGCUGGAGAAAAUUAAUGCUGAAGGAGUUUUAUUAUUUCUUUGUAAAGCAUGGAGGGGAAAAUAAAAACCAUAGUGACCACUUGCAGCUGUAGCUUUAAGCUGUGGGCCGAGGAAGAUUGAGACGCCUCAGUGUUAGGGCUCUUGGCAUAACUGCACUGAUGCUGUUCUCAGUUCGACCUGCAUGGUUCAGCUGACCGUGUCACUUCUUUAACCAACUAUUUCUGCCAAGGUAUAUUUUCAGAGGCUGUUGAUAACUCAAGGGAUACCGAGGAUUCAUUGGCUCACUGCUGUACUUGCAGUGGUAACUGCCCUUGCUGCUCUCUGAGCCCUCCUUUGCAGCUGUGUUCUUUAAAUGGAGGCUGUCCUUCAGUAGGACUUCAGAACCUGUGUGAAAGCAGCUUCUGAUAUGGCAAGCCUUAUGUGAACUGGUCCUCUGGGUUUCCUUGUUGUUUAGCUUCUCAGCAGCGCUGUUCUUUCUCUCCUCAAAAAGGAAAAGGACUUAAAAUGGCAGGAGAGGAUCCGUAUAUUAUGGGAGUGUCAGAUCCCCAAAUGUUUGCAAUGGACCAGCUCAUGGGAAUGAGUACAAUAUUUAAUAAUACAGGUUACAUCACUUCAGACUUACCACUACGAACAGCAGAUGGACCGUAUCUUCAAAUCAUUGAACAGCCAAAACAGAGGGGUUUUCGAUUCCGAUACGUAUGCGAAGGGCCUUCACAUGGUGGACUUCCUGGUGCUUCUAGUGAAAAGAACAAAAAGUCAUACCCUCAAGUCAAAAUUUGCAACUAUGUUGGACCUGCAAAAGUAAUCGUCCAGUUAGUUACUAAUGGGAAAUACGUCCACUUACAUGCUCACAGCUUGGUGGGUAAAUUUUGUGAAGACGGAGUAUGCACAGUCAACGCAGGACCUAAAGACAUGGUUGUUGGGUUUGCAAACCUUGGAAUACUUCACGUCACAAAGAAGAAAGUGUUUGAAACUCUGGAAACACGCAUGAUCGAUGCUUGCAAAAAAGGAUACAACCCAGGACUCUUGGUGCAUCCUGAACUUGGCUAUCUGCAGGCUGAAGGAUGUGGAGACAGACAGCUAACUGAACGAGAAAGAGAAAUUAUUCGCCAGGCAGCAGUACAGCAGACAAAAGAAAUGGAUCUCAGUGUGGUGCGUCUUAUGUUUACUGCCUUUCUUCCUGACAGUAACGGUGGUUUCACACGGAGGCUUGAUCCUGUUAUAUCGGAUGCAAUAUAUGACAGCAAAGCGCCCAAUGCCUCCAACUUAAAAAUUGUAAGAAUGGACAGGACAGCGGGGUGCGUAACAGGAGGGGAAGAGAUUUACCUUCUCUGUGACAAGGUUCAGAAAGAUGAUAUUCAAAUACGUUUCUAUGAAGAGGAUGAGAAUGGUGGUAUGUGGGAAGGCUUUGGAGACUUUUCUCCUACAGAUGUACAUAGACAAUUUGCUAUUGUGUUCAAAACGCCCAAGUAUCGAGAUGUCAACAUCACAAAGCCAGCAUCUGUAUUUGUACAACUACGUCGGAAAUCUGAUCUAGAAACGAGUGAACCAAAGCCUUUUCUCUACUAUCCAGAAAUCAAAGAUAAAGAAGAAGUGCAGAGGAAGAGGCAGAAGCUCAUGCCAAACUUCUCCGAUGGCUACGGUGGAGGCAGCGGCGCAGGCGGCGGUGGCAUGUUUGGAGGAGGAGGCGGCGGUGCUGGCUCUGGGUUCAGUUAUCCUUCCUAUGGCUACUCUGCUUUUGGAGGAAUGCAUUUCCACCCUGGCACAACGAAGUCCAAUGCUGGAAUGAAACACGAACUGUCAAAUAGCACAGUCAAAAAAGAUGAAGAGAGCUCUGAUAAACAAAGUGACAAAUGGGACACAAAACAUGACGUGAAAGUGGAAACUGUGGAGAAGAAUGAGUGCAGAACCUCUGGUCAUAAUGAGGAGAAAGAGGAUGCUUCGUUGUGCUGUAAAGAUGAAGGAAACAAAGCAAAGUGUGGUUGUCAGGAUGGUCUGUUCCUGGAGAAGGCUAUGCAGCUUGCCAAGCGUCACUGCAACGCUCUCUUUGAUUAUGCUGUAACUGGAGAUGUGAGGAUGCUGCUAGCUGUUCAGCGCCAUCUCACUGCUGUCCAGGAUGACAAUGGAGACAAUGUCCUUCAUUUGUCAAUUAUCCACCUUCAUAGAGAACUGGUUAAAAACCUCUUGGAAGUGAUGCCAGAUAUGAAUUAUAACAACAUUAUCAACAUGAGAAAUGACCUUUACCAGACCCCGUUGCACCUGGCAGUAAUCACAAAGCAGGCAGAGGUGGUAGAAGACCUGCUGAAGGCUGGAGCAAAUGUCAACCUUUUGGAUCGCCAUGGUAAUUCUGUCUUGCACUUAGCUGCUGCUGAAGGAGAUGACAAGAUUCUGAGUCUGCUCCUCAAGCAUCAGAAGGCAUCUUCAAUGAUCGACCUUUCCAAUGGUGAAGGUCUCAGUGCAAUUCACAUGGUGGUGACCGCCAAUAGCUUGUCCUGUCUGAAACUACUGAUUGCUGCUGGAGUUAAUGUCAAUGCUCAGGAACAAAAAUCUGGACGAACAGCAUUGCAUUUAGCUGUUGAACAAGAGAACGUCCCCUUGGCGGGCUGCCUUUUGCUUGAGGGUGAUGCAGAUGUGGACAGCACUACGUACGAUGGCACAACGCCUCUUCACAUAGCAGCUGGAAGGGGCUUCACAAAACUGGCAGCAGUUCUCAAAGCAGCAGGCGCAGAUCCUCACGUUGAGAACUUUGAGCCGCUCUUUGAUGUAGAAGAAGAUGUGAAAGAUGAUGAUGAUGAUGAUGAAGGAAUCGUACCGGGAACAACACCACUGGAUAUGGCAGCCAACUGGGAGGUGUAUGACAUAUUAAAUGGCAAACCCUACAUAGCAGCAGCGGCAGUUUCAGAGGAUUUACUGUCACAAGGCCCUCUGAGAGAGCUGAAUGAAAGCUCCAAGCAGCAGCUUUACAAGCUAUUGGAAACGCCUGAUCCAAGCAAGAACUGGUCUACUCUAGCAGAAAAGCUGGGUCUUGGCAUUCUUAAUAAUGCCUUCAGGUUGAGCCCUUCACCCUCAAAAACUCUGCUGGAUAACUAUAAGAUUUCUGGAGGUACAGUUCAAGAGCUGAUCGCUGCUUUGACACAGAUGGAUCACACAGAAGCUAUUGAAGUAAUUCAGAAAGCACUAUCUAGCUCACAAAGGCAGUCUCACCAGGAGGACAACACAAUAGAAGCUUUUCCUUCAUUAUCACCAACCAGUUUUGCAAAGGAAGAGACAGGUGAACUUUACAAUCACAAAUUUCAAGACCCUGAAAGCACGUGUGACAGCGGCGUAGAGACCUCCUUCCGCAAACUGAGCUUUACUUAUUCAGACUCUCUGAACAGCAAGUCAUCCAUAACGCUUAGCAAGAUGACCCUGGGCUACGGCCAGGAAAGCUCAGUGCAAAGCAGUUAUAUACCUAACUAGGUAACUUCAAUUAGCAAUAUAUGCAGUUACAGGAACAACCCUGACAUUUAGAAUUACUUUGGUAUUGUCACAGCUGGAGGGAAGUAAAUUCACAACCAGAAAUGCAUUGGAGGAACCACACACAAACCUGAACCAGUGGCGACUCCUCAACCUCACUUCCUUACUCAAGUACUGUUCAUUUGUAAGCCUCGACUGAGAACCAGGGCUCCACAUGAAUACAAAGGACUGGACACUGCAGGACUGACGGAGCUCACCUGGUUUGUGAGGAUUUUCUUUUAUAGAUGAAAGUCACUCCUUGUUAGUGUGUAAUAUCAGCUCACUUAAUUCAAAGAGGUAAAGCACACAGCAAUCAAAGGAUGGUUUCUGGCUGUUCCCUUCAGAAGUUUUGCAGUACGGUUGUCUGGAAAAAGCUCCUAAAAUCGCUGGCAAAGAAAAACAGUGACUUUAACUGCAACAGUGACAACUCUGGAAGACAAAAGAAUCCUAAAAAAAAGAAUCUUGUAUAUUUCAAAUAAUGUAUUUAAACAUAUCUUUGGUGACUCUUAUGAAAAAAAAAUCAAGUUUUGCAUUUCCUACUUGUAAAUAGUUUUUUAUAUCAAUUCCUUUUAAAAAAAUGUGUGCUUUUUAAAAGCUUAUUUUUAUUUUACUUUUAUAAUAAAAACUCAAAAUGAAA